CCAUAGAACGAUUGCAUUCCCCAACACGACUCUGACUCUGCAUCACUUAAUUCAAGCUCUUUUUAGAUAAAAAUCAACCAAGCGUUGUUGAGGGAUAUUCUCUUCUUCUUCUUCUUCUUCAGUUUUUAAGCAAGGAAAAAGGUGUUCAACUUGUUUGGUCUGAGAAUGGGCGGAGGAGGAGAGGGUCAUGCAAUAGGGAUUGACUUAGGAACAACCAACUCGUGCGUUGCGGUGUGGGAGAACGAUCACGUUGAAGUGAUAAUGAAUGAUCAGGGCAGUAAGACCACUCCUUCUUGUGUUGCUUUCACUGAUACACAGAGUUUGGUAGGUGAUGCCGCACUUGACCAGAUUAUCCGAAACCCCGCCAACACCAUUUUUGAUGCAAAGAGGUUAAUUGGCAGGAGGUUCAGUGAUGCUUCUGUUCAAAAUGACAUGAAGCUCUGGCCAUUCAAGGUUACUAAAGGUCCCAAGGACAAGCCUAUGAUUGUGGUUACCCAGGAGGGUAAAGAGAAAAGGUUUGCUGCAGAGGAAAUCUCAUCCAUGGUUCUUUCAAAGAUGCGGGAGGUUGCUGAGGCUUACCUCGGCUCAACUGUGAAGAAUGCAGUUAUAACUGUCCCUGCAUACUUCAAUAAUUCACAGCGGCGGGCAACAUAUGAUGCAGGUACUACCGCUGGCCUAAAUGUGAUGCGUAUAAUAAAUGAACCAACUGCCGCAGCAAUUGCUUAUGGCCUUAACAAGAAAGCUGGCUGGUAUAGCAAGAGAAAUGUGGUAAUAUUUGAUUUGGGCGGUGGUACUUUAGAUGUGUCGCUGCUUAGCAUAGGGGAUGAUGUUUUUGAAGUGAAGGCUACUGCUGGAGACACUCAUCUCGGAGGUGAGGACUUUGAUAACAAAAUGGUGAAUUAUUGUGUCGAGGAAUUUAAGACGAAGCAUCAAUUGGACGUCAAUGGUAACUCCAGAGCUCUAAGAAGGAUAAGAAAUGCAUGUGAAAAGGCAAAGAAGAGGCUUUCAUUUGCUUGUUCUGUUGACGUUGAAAUUGAUUGUUUGUUCUCAAGUACUGAUUUCUAUAUAACAUUUACUCGAGACAAAUUUGAACAUAUCAACAUGGAUUUGUUUAAAAAGUGUAUGGAGCCAGUGGAGAAGUGUUUAAGGGAUGCUAAAAUGGACACAAGCUCUGUCGAUGAUAUUGUUCUUAUUGGUGGCUCUUCUAGAAUUCCCAGGGUGCAGCAGCUAUUGCAGGAUGUGUUCAAAGGGAAGGAGCUUUGCAAAGGAAUAAAUCCUGAAGAGGCUGUGGCUUAUGGUGCAGCUGUUCAAGCAGCAGUCUUGAAUGGAAAUGGAACUGGAACUGGAAAGCUUAAAGAUUUCACUCUCAUGGAUGUCACCCCAAUGUCCCUUGGGGUUAGGACAAAGAGUUGGGCUUCUGAGGAAUCUGAUUUUAUGACUGUCGUGAUACCAAGAAAUACUAGAAUUCCAGUCAUAAAGAACACAACUCUUGCCACUUCCGUAGACAACCAAAUUUGGGCCCCAUUUCCUAUCUUCGAGGGCGAGAGUGAAACAACCUUAAACAAUAAUCGUCUGGGUAGCUUUAUCAUUCAUGACAUUCCUUCAGCUCCCAAGGGUGCUGUUGAGUUCAAUGUUUGCUUUGAUAUUGAUGCAAAUGGUAUCUUGAGUGUCUCUGCUGAAGAGAAAUCUACAGGCAAGAGAAAAGAGAUUACAAUUACUUGUGACAGAAGAACAUUAAGGAUUGAGAAGAUGAGCUCAGUUGACUCAUUUCACUUCUAUCUUCCCCAAGGGGCUUGCUUUUCUCUUACCUCUUCACUGUUUUCAACUCUGUCUCUUCUUCAAGAAGAAGCCCUCAUUCUGUCUUUUCAAGGACUUCAAGAAAGCAUUCACUGUGUUUUUGAGCCAAAAAUGGAGGGAAAAGAAGAACAUGCAAUAGGGAUCGACCUGGGAACCACGUACUCGUGUGUUGCAGUGUGGCAGCACGGUCGUGUUGAGAUCAUACCCAACGAACAGGGAAACAGGACGACUCCGUCUUGCGUUGCCUUCACCGACUCGGAGAGCUUGGUCGGCGAUGGAGCUAUUAACCAGGUGGCCAGAAACCCCACCAACACCGUCUUUGAUGCGAAGAGGUUGAUUGGUAGAAGAUUUAGUGACACCUGUGUUCAAAAUGAUAUGAAGCUUUGGCCAUUCAAGGUCAUUGAAGGUUCAAGCGACAAACCCAUGAUUGUGGUCCACCACAUGGGUCAAGAGAAACAGUAUGCUGCUGAAGACAUUUCAUCCAUGGUAUUGGGAAAGAUGCGUGAGACUGCUGAAGCCUACAUUGGCAAAACUGUGAAGAAUGCAGUAGUAACUGUCCCUGCCUACUUCAACAACUCACAGCGUGAAGCUACAAAACAUGCUUCUGCCACUGCCGGACUCAAUGUGAUUCAUAUGAUCAACGAACCAACUGCUGCAGCCAUCGCUUAUGGGCUUGACAAGAAGGCUGGUUGGUAUAACAACAGAAAUGUGAUGAUUUUUGACUUGGGUGGUGGCACUUUAGAUGUGUCUCUGCUUAGCAUAAAUACUUCUGGUGUCUUUGAAGUGAAGGCAACUGUUGGAGACACUCACCUUGGGGGUGGAGACUUUGAUAGCAAAAUGGUCAACUUCUGUGUUAAGGAAUUCAAGAGGAAGCAUAACGUGGAUCUUAGUGGAAACUCCAAGGCUCUUAGGAGGUUAAGACAUGCCUGCGAGAAGGCAAAGAGGAGGCUUUCAUAUGCCACUGUGACUGAUAUUGAAAUUGAAUGUUUGCAUCAGGGUACCGAUUUUUUUGUAAGUUUUACCCGUGCCAAAUUCGAAGAACUCAACAAGGGUUUCUUCAUCAAGUGCAUAGAGCCUGUGGUUAAGUGUUUGAAGGAUGCUAAGAUGGAUAUAAGCAGUGUCCAUGAUGUUGUCCUUGCUGGUGGUUCAUCUAGAAUUCCCAAGGUGCAGCAGCUAUUACAGGAUCUGUUCAAGGGGAAGCAGUUGUGCAAAAGCGUUAAUCCUGAUGAGGCAGUGGCAUAUGGUGCUGCUAUUCAAGCUGCAGCCUUGAGUGGGAAUGAAAAUGGGAUGCUUCAAGGCUUUGCUCUCUUGGAUGUCACCCCACUCUCACUUGGAGUUGAGACUCAAGGCUGCAACGUCAUGUAUGUUGUGAUCCCAAGAAACACUAGAAUUCCCACCACAAUGAAAAGGAGUAUUACUACUUUGUACGACUACCAAACUGCCAUUUCCACACCCAUUUUUGAGGGGGAGAGUCCAACAACAUUAGAAAACAAUUUCUUGGCUGACUUUGUCAUCUGUAACAUUCCUCCAGCUCCCAAGGGUGUCGCUCAAUAUUACAUUUGCUUUGACAUUGAUGCUGACGGCAUUCUGUGCGUUUCUGCUGAGAAUAAGUUCACUGGUGAGAAGCAAGGGUGUACAAUCAUCUCUACAAACAAGAUAAAACAAGAAGAAUUCAAGAAAAGCAAGAGAAAACUUGCUAGAAGUGAGCUAAGCAAGAUAAACCAAGAAGAAAAUGUGUCAAGCAAGAUCAAAUGUGAAGCAACCGAGACAAGCAAGAGAACACUUGAAGGAAGGGUGAAACAUGCAAGGUAAAACCCUAAAUCGUGAAGGAACUGGAACUGAGCAAGCAAGAAGAUAUAAAUUGAGACCGUUGAUGGCCUUUUUGUUUUUGAUAUUUUACCGGUAAUGCCUUUGGCUCGAUGGUUUUGGAUAACUGUCCGAUAUGCCCAAACUGUUGAUCAUAUUUAGUUUUGGGGGAGUGAGGUGGAUGGCCAUCCUUUUGCUGGUGGGUCAUGCGUCAUUGUGACUUGCUGUUCUUUCACUCAGAGACUUCUUAUUUUCUCUGAGAUUUUUCUUGCCUGAUCACUAUAGCUUGCAAGCAUUUCAGUUCUAUAAACCACAAAUCAAUGCACAAGACAUGUUUUAUGAAAUAUUUUUGAAGUAGAUAACACGGUUGGACUUCUGUUCUA